GAAAAAAGAAAAUCGAAAAUCAUUAUUGAAUGAACCAGCCAGACAACCGAACCGAAACCCCUAAGCCAACCUGAACCCAAAAUCACAUCUGUCGCUGCCCCGGUCGAUCGUCUGCUGAACCUUAAUGCCUCUUUCAAUAGUCCCAUUAGAGAUUGUAGAAGCCUUAUGAAACUUCCAGAGAUCGUUGGAACCUAAAUAAUACUACUCAGAACUCAGAAGCCCCCAUAGAUCCACAUAAGCCACUGCGUGCAUCUGGCCAUGUAGAGAGAGAGAGAGAGAGUAGUAGAUGUCUGGGGAGAGAAGAGAAAGCAGCAGGCGGUGGAGAAUAGUGAAGCUAUUGUGCCCGGCGGCGUCAAAGGCGGCGACGUUGGCGGCGUGGGAUGAGGAAAGGCUGGACCUUGGCUCCAUAGCCCGCACCUUUGGGCUGGACCCCGCAACCCUGAAGCUGAACGGCCACUUCGUCAGCAGAGGGGCCGACCUCUUCGCCUCCUCCGUCACCUGGAACUCCCUCCUCUCCUUCUUCUCCCGCCGCGGCCUCUCCACCGGCGCCCAUCACUCCCACCCCCUCAUCGUUGACGGCAAGCUCUGCAAGCCUGGUUGUAAACGAGCACAUGAUUCUGCAGAUGCUGAUUCUGGGAUCCAUAUUCAUAGCAUUAUUGAACUUGAGAAUUUCAGUACUGAUGGAAAACCAGAUCCUGAAGAAACCAACUUGCUCAGGAAGAAGAAACUGCGGGAAGGCAAUUCAGAUACCUGCCUACCUUCUAAUUUGUCUUGCUCGAGUUCUCAUCAAAUCACACCAAAUGGGCUCAUUGAAACAGCCAACUUGGGAUUUGAAGACGGGGGUAACCAUAGUGGCCUAAAAAGAAAGCAAUGGCUGGAAGGCAUAAACCUGAGCAAGAGGUUGAGAAUAGACGAGACAAACACCGGUACUACUUCGAUGAGAAUUUGAAAGGAAGUAAUGAGGGCCCUUUGCAGCUCAAUCUUGAAGGCGUGGUUCCCAUGCAGUCAUCUGGGUGAAAAAGUGACGGAUGAGAGAUGAGGAGAUGGUCAUGGCUAGGGCGCAGUUUUGACUUAUGAUCCCCUCUGUGGCAUGAAACUGUGCCCUUGGAAAAAGUAUGAUGAUAUGUUUGUGAUGAUAGUUUGCCCUUUGAAAAGGGAAAAAAGGUUAUUAAGUUGAAAAAUGCAAAAUGGUUGAAAUAUAUGAAUCUCUUUGGAUGCAA